AUGCUGUCAAAGCUCCAGGCUCCCAUGGCCUCGGCUGCGCCGAGACGGCCUGCUGGCCGUAGGGUGGCAACCCAACAAAGGGCUGAGUCCCUGAAGGAGGCUGCGCCUCAAGAAGGAACGCUUCCUUCUCCAAUGGCGGCAGCGCCGCACCCGCAAGAGGACUUUCGACGUCAUGGUCGUGGCCCCGGAUCGACGCACUCCGAGCCAAUAGGUGGCAGGGGAAAAUCCAUUGGGAAAGGCCAGAUGCAUGCCCAGCCCAUUCCUGGUCAGGGAUGGUUCACAGAUGGGCGCCAGUGGUGGCCAGUGGACCCUGCAAUGAUGAUGGCUUCAUGGUCGUCAACGCCCUACUCAUCAUGGAGUUUCCUGAGCCAGCAGACUCAGGUGAACCCCAUGGAGUCCGAGAAGAUCGGAAAGAGCCAAUAUGGCACUGGCACGAGGACGCAGACGAAGACCAAGACUGAACCAGAAGCCGAGAAGCCAUCUAAGAAGGAUAAAGGCAAGGACAAGGAGAAGAAGGACGACACAGGUCGAAAAGGGAAGAAACCAAAGGAGGAGCCUCCCGAGGAAGAUCCGCCCGACUGGGGCGACGGAGACGAUGGAGAAGACCCAGAUGGGUCGGAUUACACCUAUGAAGAAGAGAGCGAGGAGGAGGAACUCCAAGAGCCAGACCAGGAGGUCGAAGUCACACCUCGGUCUGCGGUCAAUCUGACACCGAGGAGCGCAGAAGGUGGAGGAGCCGGGCCGCGACCCGAACAGGCCAGGCAGCGACCUGGACCCAAGCGACGCGCGGCGGCGCACAGGGUGCAUCAGGCGGCAGCAGAUCCGCCUAACAGACGCAGACGUGGUGGAGCACCACCGGAUGGCAGCGGCCCUCCAUCCACAGCUGGUUCGGGUGCACCUUCAAGCCGAAGAUCAUCGACGAUGAACACGGAUUCAGUUCGAGACCUACUGCAUCAGCGAGACAACCGCCCUGAUGGAAGGGCCAGGGCAAACCUGGGCCAAGUGAGACUGGAGACGUUCUCCGGAGACAGGUCCCAGUACCGCAACUGGAUGAAGACGAUACAGGCUCAGAAACAACUGUAUCAAAUCCAGGACAACGAGCUGGCGGUGCUGAUGUUUUUGAGCACGACAGGAGAAGCUCGGGAGGUCUUGAAUCAGCUGGAGGUGGCCGACAUGCAGCAGGAGGGAGGCCUUCAAAGGCUAUUGAGACUCCUUGAGGAGGCUUAUGGGAGUAAGGCGGAUGAGAGAUUUGAGGAGAGGCAGUCCGCUUUCCUCAAUUACCGCCGCUCUCCUGGCCAAAGCAUAGCUGCCUAUCUAGCAACGCUCAAGCGUUUGCGCACCGAGUACUUGCGCGAGGACACAGGCACAGUCAUAUCUGACCGCGCAUUUGCGCAGCGGAUGCUGACCAGAGCUGCACUGACACGCAAGGAAAGGUACGACUGCUUCUUUGCGGCGGGCGGUUCUUACCGCUCGGCCCCAAUAGAGAAGGUCUUGAGGUUCCGGUGUGCGCAGAUCCACCUGGACGAACACCCGUCGAGCCGACGGCAGGAAGACCGCGCCGGUCGGGCUGUGCAGCGCCAGCCGCAGAGGAAGAAGGUCUACAAGAGAUCAGACCGCCGAGGUCCCUACAGGCCUACGAGACAUACCCAUGUGGUGGACGAGCAAGAAGAUGAGGGGUAUGACUAUGAGGAGGCCUACAACGACACGGACGACGAGGACUUCGAGCAGGAGGCACUCAUGGCAGAGGAGGACAUGCCCGAAGAGGAGGAUUGGUCACAGGAAGAGUUCGACGAUGAAGAGCUCGAUGAUGUGGACCAAGCGGCCCUCCAGGAAGCCUUUGCAGCUGGAUGGAAGGCAAAGAACAAGACUGCAGCAGCCAGGCAGUCAAGAGGAUACAAAGGCGAUGGAAAGCCUUCGAAGGGCAAAGGAAAGGGCAGGCGUCCAGACUCUCGCAACCCGGAAGAAAGGAAGAAGAACUCGACCUGUGCAUCGUGUGGGCAGAAGGGUCACUGGAAAGGAGACAGUGUCUGCCCAAAUGUCAGGUCUGGAAAGGAUGCACCACAUCGCAAGGAGAACUCCACCAACUACACCACCGGCAGGUCCAAUCGAGGCAGCGCCUCAAGUGCCGCUGGAGGGGCCCGCGAGCCCCCACAAGAUGUCCGAGAACGAGAUGAUCGAGAACCUCUGCAGAGGAAGCUGCACCCAAGCGGGUUGAAGAGCACUGGGAAGGCUGCGCCCCCAGAACCUCCUUCACCUCCCCGGAGAGGAGCAAUCGACAAGUCUCCAGCAGACACCUUUGUGGUCCCGAGAGCACCACGGGAACCUCCACCACCAAGGAGACAGCCGCCGGAGCCAGAUCACCCCCCUCCAGGUAGGAGGAGACCUGUGGAAGCAGCCUCACCUCCGAGGCGUGAACCCGAGUUGGAACCCAAGGCGGAGAACUCUCCAGAGAAGCCCAAGCCGAAGAGAAGAAAGCAUUCGGCAGGGGAAGAUCGAACGAGAAGAUCAACUGGAGAGGAACGAGACAAGAAUCGAGACAGAGAUCGUGAUCGUGGUCGACGUCGUCGCCGACAGGAGGAGGAGCAGGCGGCUGCAGCCGGCACAGAAGAACCUCGUGAGGCAGCUGCCAACGAGGAGGCCUUUGUCUCGCAGCCAUCAUCAGGUGUCACAGCGCGGCAGUGCAACUGGACACUGAUGGUUGGCUCAUGGGAUGUGAUCAAGGACUACAACUCUGAGGCAGAGGAGACGGUCUCAUCUCAUUCGGACACAAGCGACAGCGAGAUUGACGAGUACGUCAAGAAGUAUCAGCUGCAUGACCCACCAGCGAUGAAGAAAACCACCAAGGAAAAGCUGAAGGUCAAGCUGCUGACAGUUUUGAAAUCCCUGGCAGAGGACGAGGAGGAUGCCGAAGUGAAGAAGCGCUUGAAGCGCAAAGAGAAGCGCCUGCAGGACAAGGCGGCAGCUCGAGCCACUGGCUCCCAGGCUUCUGGAUCAGAGGCACCCAAGAAGUCAAGAGCCAAGAAGGAGACCCCGGAUCCGAAGUUGGAUGAGGAUAUGGGCCUAUCUACAGCGGAUUUGCUCCAGCUCCUGCCGCACAUGAGCAAGGAGGAGAAAAAGAUCCUCUACCGCCAGUUGAAGAGGGAACGUGAAGACGAGGCGGUGAAGCUCUUCGGGAAGAACGCGGCCUCAAGCACCCCAACAAUGAUGAAGAGGCCGGAUCGCCGCCGCGAUGGGUACUCGGCUGCGUCCGUACCUUCUGGAACAGUGGGCCGCGGCCUAAGAAAGGAGGACGUGCAGGAGCCUCCGGACAUGGAAGCCACGAUGCCCGUUGGAGUUCGGAAGAAGCGCAUGGACCAGUUCAGGAAGGAGCUCUACGAGGCGGCGAAGAACAGAAAAGGGCGCGUGGUACCAUCUGAGGCGUCGGACUUGCCGACAGCUGAACAGGAAAAUUGCCCUCACCCUUUUGAACGACUGUUGUGGGGAGCAAACUCGAAUGCCCAAUGGGCAAGCUGCCGAGACUGCAAGCUUCGAAAGGUGCUGUACUAUUCGGCUAUGCAUGGCGCAAUGGCAGUGGACCAGACUAUGCCGGACAUCCUGGAGGAGGACAAUGGAGCGUACCACUCCAACAUCCUGGCCCCUGGCCAUGUCAUUCUGGACACAGGGUGCAGAACAGCAGUGGCCGGUCGAAACUGGCACAACAACCUCCAGGAGCUCAUGCGCCAGAAAGGGAUGCCUUUCUACAAGGCAUACCAUGAAGAGGUGUUUCGCUUUGGUGCAGGGGCCCCAGUUUUGAGCACAGAGGCGUUCAUCUAUGCCAUCCAGAUCUAUGACCACAGAUCGUGGGUUCGCAUUGCCGUUGUGGACAAUACUCCAGAGGAUGGCAGGGUGGCAGAAUGCCCUGGAUUGGUGGGCCCGGCAGAGCUGGCCAGAUGGAAAGUCCAGAUCGACUUUGCCAAGCUCCAAGUUGCCAUCCAUGGCAAGUGGCAGCCAACAGUUUUGAGUCCUUCGCGACACCCCAUCCUGAACUUGCUCAACGUGGGCAACCGUCCAGAUCCUGGUCAAUGGGAGGUUGGCGAGCUCAAGGAGCUGAGGCAGCGCCUCGCGGCAGAUCCACAUUCAUUUGCCCUCCUGCAGGAGGCACUUGAUGAGCUGAGCUCUGAUGCCGGCAGCGCCGGGGACGAAGCACCAAACUAUGAGGCUGUGCAUUGGACGGCACAGCAGCUGGAUUCGAUGGCCAAAUGGCAACAAGACACCGAGGCGGAGGCCAUCAAUCUGUUGGACGUCAUCGGCACGGAAUGCUUCCGGGUCACCACAGGUGGGGAGCGUGACGAUAGCUCCACUGGAUCAAUCAGCGAGAGAGAGAGUGAAACCUCUCAUGAAGGUGGACUUCCAAUGGUCUUGGAUAGCAGUGCAGAGGAGUCCACGAGUUCAGAGGAGGAGCUGCCCGAUGAUGUGAUGAUGGCCGGCAGCGCCGGUGACACAGAACAGCUGACCAAAGGUCAGAAGAGGAGGCUGCUUUCAGCCACCAAGCAGGUGAGCGAAGCGGUUGAGGUCGAGUGCGAUCGACGCCGCAAGGAAAAGGAAGUUCCACGCUUUCGACGUCUGAGGACAGGGCUGAAGAUCAUGGAGAUCUUCACUUGGAGCUGCAUGCUGUCAAGGUUCGCCUAUGGUCUGGGAUGGGAGUACCUAGAACCAGUCACACUCCCUGGCUGGGAUCUGACAGAUCCUCGCAUUCAACUGGAAGCCCAUGACUACAUCGACAAGGUGGACCCCGAUUUUGUCAUGUUGGCAUGGCCCUGCGGGCCCUGGUCGCUGCUCCAAAAUCUGAACAGUAAAACGUGGACGCAGCGCGAAGCAUUGCAGCACAAGAGAGAGACAUCGAGGAAGCUCCUCAAGUUCUCUGCACAGGUGUCUCUCAAACGACAGAAGCGUGGCCGCGCCACCUUGGGAGAAAACCCGCUCACAAGCUUGGCUUGGAAAGAAGACCCAAUCAUCGAUGGUUUUGGUGAUUUCCCGCAAGGGAUCUGCGAUCAGUGCCAGUAUGGCCUGAAACAUCCAGAAAAUCGGAUGCCUCUCAAGAAAGCCACAAGGUUCGUUGGACAGGAGGAGAUCGUGGCCGAGUUGAGGAAGAGAUGCCCAGGCAAUCAUGAGCAUUUCCCCAUCGAAGGUUCUGUCCGAACCAAGGAUGGCACCAUCUCCCUGUCAUCUUGGGCAGGUGGUUAUCCAGUCCCGCUGUGCCGAGCGAUCAUGACUGGGGUGAUCAACUAUAUCCACCGACCAGAUGGCAAGCAGGUCUACGUCUUGGAGGACCACGUGGCGGAAGAAUCCUAUCAGGAUGGUAUGGAUGCAAUCCGAGAAGAGGAGGAACAGAUCGCAGAAGAGCUGGCAGAGCCAGAAGAGGAUGAGCGGCGAGCUGUGCCGCGAGAGGUGCAAAAAGCUGUCGAGUUUGCACACCGACAGUUGGGUCACCCGAGCCGGGAUACCCUCGUGAGGAUGCUGCGCAUCUCUGGGGCAACUGAGGAGGCUAUCCGCCAUGCUCGGCGAUGGCGCUGCGAAGUUUGCAGCCAGCAGCAACCUCCAAAGCACCCCAUGGCUUCAACUCCCACUUUGAGGCCGUAUGGUUUCAAUCGCAAGAUCCACAUCGACAUCAAGUUCGUUUUUGAUAGCCGUGGCCGAAAGUACCCAUGCUUGAGCGCAGUUGAUUUGGGUACAACGUACCACAUGGCAGUGCUACUCAAAACACGACGGUCGGACUAUGUGGCCCAAAAAUUUCUGAGGCACUGGGUUCAGGUGUUUGGAGUGCCUGAACAUAUCACCCAUGAUCAGGGUGGAGAGUUCGAGCUCUCAUUCAUCCAGCUUUUGGAAGAGAUGGCAGUGCCCAGCACGGUGACAGGUGCUCAUGCAGGAUGGCAGCUGUCUGUGGGAGAACGCCAUGGUUCCAUCCUUGGCAAUAUGAUUACAGCGAUCACCACAGAGCACAACUCAGAGGGGUUCAGCGCCAUGAAGUUGGUGAUCUCAUCUGCAGUUGCCGCCAAGAACAUGACGGUGACCAAGGACGGAUUUACUCCAAAUCAACGCCUUUAUGGCGCCGAAAUCAAGUUCCCAAGUCUCACCGAAGACACCGCCAAGCCCACCUUUGCAGAGGCUCUGGACGCGGAAUCGGAAUAUGCCAGAGCUCAUCGCAUGCGCAUUUGCGCAAGGUUGGCAUUGAUCCGCAUGGAUGUACAAGAGAAGUUGCGCAGGGCCAUCCUGCGUAAGCCUGCCCAUGAAGGAGAGGGACCAUUCAGUCCUGGAACCCAGAUCUACUUCUGGACACCAAGGAAGGCCGACAAGCGGUACAAACGUGGUGGACUUUGGCGGGGACCCGCGACUAUUCUCACGCGAGAAAGCAAAGAGCGCUACUUUGCAAGCUGGAGAGGCCGCGCCCUCCUUCUGGCAGCGCCCAACAUACGUUUGGCGACAAAGGAGGAGCUGGCACUUCGUGAGCCUGCGAAGGAGGACGCAGAUGAUUUGGGGGAGUUGCUGCGCGACCCUCACAGGGAGAAGACCUACAAGGACCAAACUCGCUUGAAACCACCUCCAAGGGUCGUCAAGCGAAAAGCUGAACCCGACACACCAGAAAGGAAAAGAGCCCGCAUGCUUCUGCGGGGAACCAAAUCAAUCCGCCAGAUCCUUCAGGACCGCUCGAACCUCAUGAGACAGUUCCGGAAGAGAAAGGCGGAGAAACAGAUCGAAGACCAACCCGAGCCGAAGAGGGUAUCUCGACCAAAGAGGCCCAAGGCUCUCGAAGAUGGACAGGCAGCGCCUGAGGUGUCGCCUCUACCACCUCCACCCGAUCCACUGGCUGGAGAAGAGGAGGAGGUCAUGUCAGAGGCCUACACACCUGGAACACCAAUCAAUGACAAUGAUGGCGAGCCGCCACAUAUCGAUACGGAUGAUGAAGGUUUGGAUGAGCCAUCCGCGGUUGAGGCCGAGCCUCCCACAGUCAGGGCACCGCACGAAGUUCCGGUGCCACCCAUGCAUGAUGAUGAGUGGGAGGCCGAGUUUCUCAAGAAGAUUCCAGGAGAGGAAAGGAGAAGGUUGGCUCUGGAUGACGUGCCAUUUUCCCUCAAGCGAAGGCACGAAGGAAUCGACGAUGCUCAGGCUGAUGAGGCCAUUAAGAGGCUGAGGGCCAAUUUCUGUGCACAGGUGGCCGCGACCACUGUGUUUGGCUCCCUUCAAAAUGAAUGGGUCUCAAGAUAUGAAGUGGACCUAUUGAAACAGCUGACAGGACUUCCAGUCACAGCAGCCAGGAUCCACAGAAGCCCAAGGAAAAGAUUUCAGAGACCCCCGAAGAUGACAAGCCGUUCCAGGCUGAGCAUCCUCAUUGGGAAGAAUCCCGAGGACACCUUCAUCGUGAAUGAGACUGAAGAAGAAGUGCGCCACAAUCCCAGGCGCCGUGCCAGUUUUUACUGGAAAGGAAUGACCAUCUUCUACAAGACGCACAAGGAAGGUGAGACCGAGCCGGUCUACAUUCAGCUCCCUGAUGGUCUUUACAAGGCGGAUUUCAAGCCGCAUGAAGCCCAGGAGUUUGAAUCCUUGUGGACUGAGGAGAUCAAAGACCUGCUCACAUCGGAGGCCUUGAUCCUCAAACUCAAGAAAUGUGGGAAAGAGUUGGAUCCCACCUUUUUCGAUGAGAAGGAGCAGGCUGCCUUUGACAUCUCUGACAAGAAGGAGUGGUCGGAAUGGAUUAAGAAUGGUGUUGUGCAGCGCGUGACACCGGAGGAGGCAGAGAAGAUCCCGCGAGCCAACAUAUUCCGUGCACCACUGCGGAUGCUUCGCACAAACAAGCAAUCAAACCGGCUGCUGCCGUUGGUCGCCAAAUCCAGGUUGAUCGUCCCAGGACACCUGGACCCACAACUCGGCGAGUUCAGGACUGAUAGCCCUACGUGCCCGCAGGCUACAGUUCGGGCAGCAAAAGCGGUUGCAUCCGCACGGAAUUGGGGUGGCACAACAUUUGAUGUCACCACCGCAUUUUUGAGUGGCAAGAAUCUACAGAGGAAGGUCUACAUCAGGGCACCUCGUGAGGGAUUACCCUCUGUGGAGAAGUGGCCACCAAUUCAACCAGGUGAGCUUUUGCAGAUCCUCAAGUCCGCGUACGGAUUGACAGAAAGCCCACGAUUGUGGUACCUGGAGGCCCUUGAUCGUAUGAAGAAAACAGACCUCCAGGAGCUUGAGAUCUGCAAAUCCUGCUUUGUGGCCAGCGGCCAAGAUGGGCGUAGCUACGCCAUACUUUGUCUCCAUGUUGAUGACGGGCUUUUAUUGGGUGACUUGAGCGACCGCAGGGUCCAACGACUCAAGGAACAAAUCAAUGGUAUGUUCACCAUAAAAGCCUGGAAGGAAUUGUCUGCGGACACCCCACUCCAAUUUUUGGGUGUGGAUGUGACCCAAGAUGCCCGCGGCAUCUGUGACGACAUGUCCCAGUACAUCAAACAGAUUCGAAUCGAACCUUUGCAAGGAAGUGGAGAGCUGGGACCACGCGAGGUGACAUUGUACCGCCAAUUGGUCAUGCGUUUGCGCUGGCCGGCACAACAGGUGUUACCACAUCUCCUGUACCAGGUGUCCAACCUCGCACAAAGGGUCAACAAAGCUACGUAUGCUGACUAUCGUGAAGCGGUUAAACUUCACGGUCAGUUUUUGGAUGAAGUUGAAAAGGGCCGCGCCCGACUUUUAUACCCCAAGCUCAACGAGAAGGACAAGCUCUUCUACGUCAGCUACUUCGAUGCUUCGGUUGGGAAAGAACAGGACGGCAAAUCACAGCUUGGAGCCGUCCACUUUCUUACAACAGAGCAAGCUCGAAAAGGGCCAGCGCCAGCUUCAGUGAUCGAGUUCUCAACGAACAAAAGUGGUCGGGUGCUACGCAGCUCUAUGUCAGCGGAAAGCUGCUCUAUGAGUGGAUGUGUUGACCGACACCUAUAUGGGCGUCUGGUCAUUGACCGACUCCUUUUUGGAAAUCGACCCCUGGAUGCCAACUGGCGUACAUCGAUGGGCCUGGACGGUGGCGUUGUGACGGACGCCAAGAGUUUGUACGACCACCUCUCCACGACGGGCCAAUUGCCGACAGAGCGGCAAACAAUGCUCGAUUUGAUGGUGUCGCGACAUCAUUUGGAGAGUGGUGCCUAUGAGCUUUUCUGGGUACCUACGCAUAGGCAGUUUGCAGACUGCCUGACUAAAAAGAUGGUCUGCCUCCUGUGGCAGAGUUUCUGUCAAGUGCCACGCAUCUCCCUGCGUGAAACGCCGGAGGAGAAGGCACUGGAGGACCAUCGACGCAAGCUGCGUCAGGGCCAAAGGCAGCGCCGAAAGGCCAAAAUGAAGAAAGGCCUUGCCUCACAUAAGUUGGACGAGAUCAAACAAUGGCUGGCUGUGCAGAACAUUGAUGUCGCCAUCAUAUCGGAGACCAGAAUGACUUUUGAGAGUGAAUGGACAGAUGGUUUGUGGCAUCAUGUGCAUUCUGGACAGCCUGAUUUCCGUGGUGCAGGAUUGCCGUUCACCAUGGAAGAGCUGGCUGCCUCACUGAGGGGCAUCCCUGCCCUUAAAGCAGUUGCACGACCCUGUGCUCCAGGCAUCGUGUGGAAGGCAGUUGGGCCCUUGAUCACAUCUGAGCCGGUAGGCAAGGCGCUGGUAGGGAUUUUAGCCUCCAAAGCUCAACAUGCCAUGAUGCCAGAGAUGACAAAAUGGCCCAUCUGGGCCUAUUUGCCCAUGAGAUCAACACAAGAUGCACUGCUGAGGGUCACUAGACAUUGCACUGAAGUGCGCACGCUGCUGGCCAUGCAACGCACCACCCCGUUCACACGGGAACAGAAAACCCCGAAAUAUCGAGUGGCAGGAACAGAGAGAUACAUCAAGGUUGGGCGUGGCUUGCGGCAAGGCUGUAAAGCUGCGCCACUGUUAUGGAAUGGCUAUCUCCUUGCUUUUCUUGCUGAGUUGAAGACCCGUGUCUCCCACAGUUGGAUCCAGAGAUGCCUCAACUUUUAUGCAGACGAUGGGCAGCUAGGAGAUUCGUAUAGAUCAGAAACUGAACUCCAUGACCUUUUGACCAACAUUUAUGCCACACUGGAUUUGCUGAAUGAAUUUGGGAUGACGAUCAACUCGGCCAAAUGCACGGCUCUUGUUGCCAUGACCGGCACAUCCUGCCGUAAGCUUCGAACUGCAUUGACCACGUUUCGUGAUGGAAAAGAAUGGCUGAAGCUUGAGCAGCCUCACAAACCGACCAUUUGGCUGCCGGUUGCAUCUCAGGCCAAGUAUCUAGGCACAGUGAUGAGCUACAAACUGCUGGAAGACCAAACAGUGUUGCACAGAAUCCAGUUGUCGAAGAUUGCCUUCCAUCGCCUUAGCCGCUGGCUUAAAGGCAAGCGUGGCAUGCCAACAUGGCAAAGACUUCGUAUUUGGUCCACCUGUGUUUAUCCAGUUCUUAGCUAUGGCAUUUGCACGGUAGGAAUCACCACCUUUGGAGCCACCAAGCUGCAGCAGACCAUGUACAGCAUGCUCAGACAAAUCCUUGCUAACCAUGCCUAUGUCACUGGUCAAAGCCAUCAACAAGCACUUGCACAACACGGGGUAGAGUUGCCGCUGAUUUGGAUUGUGAAAACCGUCGACAGCCUGCAACAGUCUGUCACUCAAAGACUUUUGUAUGCUGAAGAGCACGAUGUUGUGCACCGGCUUGAUUGGAAUCACCUCUCCAAUUUGAAAGCAUUCCUAUUGGCACAGCUGCACACAGGCCCUGUGGAGUCUCACCUGCCACGAGCUGAACCUGACGUGGUUCUGCAGGCUGGCCCUCCAGAGUGCUGGCAACCUGAAGCUGGCCACACUGCUGACGCACACGGUGGCCUUGCCAACAUGCUUGCACCACGACCAGAGGCCCCAGUCCGAGGGCAACAACUGAUCACAGAAGCAGACCUACAGAACCUCAAGAGCCAAGAAUGGGGAAACAGGAUCCUCACCAUUGUUGGCACACGGAACUGGCACCACAUGCGAGGUGAAAAUGCAGCAUGUGAGUACUUGGCUUCCAGGUGCUGUCUGUGCGACCAGUUCCUUGGCCGUACCCAGGAUCUCAACCAUCACCUCAAGCUGCUCCACCCGGAAUAUUGGCCCCACACUGCGGCCAAGGGCAAACAGCUGACGGCCAUGCACGGCGACGAGACGCCUUGCCCAUACUGCCAUGCACUGUUCACUAACAUGCAUCAAUGCACGGUGUGGACGCAGCUGGCGAUGUUGUUGGUACACGGAGGCAGCAGCUUUGACCAAGACUCUCAGGGGCAACCCAAUGUUUUGAAAUGUGAACUCUGCAAUCAAGUCCAUGACACGGCUGAAGCCUUACAUGCACACCUGACCCUGGACCAUCGGCUAGUGAGCACCAGCUACAACCCGGCCAGAGACAGCGUAGCGGGAGAACCCGCUUGUGCCCACUGCGGAGCUCUUUUUGAGCACUUAGAGUCCCUGCGCAGUCACGUGAACCAGGGCAGGUGCCCAAGAUUUGACCCAGAUUUGCCAACUGAAGUGCUUGAUGUUCAAGAAUCAUGGAUUGCAGCCACAUGUCAUGGGGAACUUGCCAAAACAUUGCGAGAUGCCCACACCCGACUCCAACUGACAAUCCAAUGUCAGAGUUGCAGCAGCCGAUAUCACCGUGCCAACGACCUAUCAGGUCACUUACAAUCAGCGCAUUCCAGUCUGUGGUCGGCCUCCCAGAGACUUUGCCAUUUGUUAGUUUCCUUGGUCUACAGUGAUGUUGGUUGCACAUGCAACCCCAGUGUGAGCAAUCCUCGUGCCAACCAUGUGUGUUUGACCCUGACCCAACUAGCAAUGCAGCAUACGAGAAUCCCAGAUGCCAUCUUUUACCCAAUCACUCCCACAGAUGAAGAGCUGGCCCAGAUUUUCUCUUCAAAAUUGGAUCGUGCCACACGCUUUCUUUUUGAACAGAUGCUCACAAAUCGACAGUUGCCAGCACUUUGGCAAGAUGCCAAUGUCCUCCAAGUGACCAGGUCUCAAUGCCUCAUUUGUGGAGAGAAGUAUCAUGCGGGAGCACUCACGAUGCAUCUACAUGAGGCGCAUCAGGGUGGACUGCCACUGGUGAAAUUCCUUUUGCAACAGCUACUACCACAUUUUCUCCAGCGCAAUGACACUGACCAUCAAUGCUUUGCAUGCACACAGGUCUUUAAUCAUAAACUGGAGGAUGCUGAGGUGUCCAACCAGAUCUGGAACGCCUUCCAGGAUCUCUCACCAUGGCUGGACACCAGCCUGAAACUGACCCAGAAUGCCAACCCAAAGCGGCAAAGAAAAGGCGAACCCAGAAAGGGCAGCCACACCAACGACAGCAAGGACCAGAUCCAUCUGGCCAAGGCCAUGACCAUGUUGGCAACCUUGGCCAUCAAAUUGGACAAAGAGAUCCAAACCAUGAAGAAAGAGGACACCUACAUUUUCUUUUUCGCCAACAAAGGCGAAGAGAGCUGUUUGCACACCUUGAUACAAACGACGGAGCAGUGGGCCCAGAAGCACACAGAGAAUCAGAAGGCGGACCCACCGCUGCAGAGCAUGCCGCUGAGACAACACCUGAUGCAGGUCCUCUUCAACAACCUGCUCACGAGAAUCGAGCAGCUGGGGAAUGCGCCGGAGGGGGCAGAAAUCUUGAAAGCAGCGCAGCAGAACCUAGUGCUGCUGAAGGACAAGACCUGCCCGUAUCUGGAAUGGAGUCACAGCAAGAAGGCCUUGACGGUCAGCAACAGGCCGCCACUCACGCUGAAGCACUUGCAUCAGCUUUGCACAGAUCUCCUGGAAGCCCUGGCCAACCCAGCCCUGGUGGUGAAGUUUCAUGCCCUGCCUUCGGGGAGCAAACAGGAAGUAUCACCAUGGAAACUGCAGCUCAGCAUGCGGAUGGACGAGCCCUGGCAGCUGAUGCAAACCCUCUGCAAUUCGGGCAUAUGGCUCCUCAUGGGAGCAACACUGAAAGCUCACAGCCUGGUGCAGAGCCCAGCAGCCCACAACUUGCAGAAGGCCCUGAAUUUGACACCGUCAACCAAAGGCAAAGGGAAGGGCAAGAACAAAAUGACCCCCGAGCUGAAACAAGAGUGAAUGCAGCUCCUGGCCAGCAACCAGAUCCACUGAUCAUGCUCCAGCGGCUGUCCCACUUGCUACUGGAAAAUCCAGGGAAUCUUUGUUUUGCUAACUCAGCUGUAUACUCAUUGCUGUGGGCCACCUUGACGGUCCAACCAUGGCACCCAGCACUUUGGGGAACACAAAGCAGAGAUCUGCACCACUUUCUGUUUUCCAAAUCACGAUCCAAUUUGCUUGAAGAACCAUGGUUGCAGCAGAUCUUGCGUUGUUGGGGCGAAAGGGAUCCAUUAUUUGAUCCUGUGAAUGUUGAACAACAGGACGCGGCUGAAUUUGUCAGCACCUGGCUGGAGCUGAUGCAUACUCCAGCGUUUGACAUGAGUUGGGAACGCAGAAUGGAAGAAAAUGACAUGACCCGUGCCUUUGAUUAUAGCCAUAGACAUACACCAUUGAGCCUGAAGUUCAACAGUUUCCUUGCCAAUUUC